AUGGCUGCAAUCCAGGCGUCACAUGCCCCGCGAACUUCAUCUACUCCACGCUUUUUCCAACAUUAUCCCCCAAAGGAAAUUAGCUCACUAGCAGAUGCCUCAGCCGCUGGAGACCUUGACACCGUAAGAAAUAUUCUGCAGUCAUACAUAAAAUGCCAAUCCCCCGAAGAUUCUAGGCUCCAAGAGUUUUGGCCAGUCCUUCUAACUGCGUUGUCCUAUGAUCGUGCGGAAAUUGUGUCAUACCUCUUGGACGCUGGAAUCCCCUUAUCUUCUCUGCAUAUCCAACAAGCCGUCCGGACGAAAUCAGCAGACAUAUUUGAAGUAUUCCUGAGGCACGGCUGGGAUAUUAAUGCGCCAUUUUCCGAAACUCAACCCUCUGCCCUUGCAUUUAUCGUUGAAGAUUGGGAGCUUACUAACUGGUUUCUUGACCACGGUGCCGAUCCAAACGCUGCUUGUCGAUUAGAUCUCACUCCCAUGUCCUUCGCUAUUCAAACUGCUCCGCUUCGGACGAUUCACCUCUUGUUCGAUCGAGGAGGGGAUAUAGGCAAAGGCCAAUUGAUACAUCAUGCUGUCGAGCGAAAUGACGGGUAUGCUGUGGAAGUGAUCCAACUGCUUCUGCAGAAAGGUGCAGUGUUGAACGCAAGAAUGUAUGAGAAUCAUCCGCCGUCAUGGAACUUGCAGUUUUUCAAGGGUCUUGGGACUGCGCUGCACAGAGCAGCAGAGUUGGGGAAGUCAGACGUAGUGUCCUUCCUCCUUCAGCAGGGGGCAGAUAUCUCUGUACGAGACUCAAAGGGCCGGACGGCACUAGAUUGCGCAAGGCGGUAUAAUCGCACUAAUGUUGUGAUGAUUCUGGAAUCUUCAUAA